UUGGUGGAGACCAACCCUGAAGUCACAACCAUGGAUCAACUUGUCAAAACGAUUCCCUCUCUCUUCCCAGGGGCAAUCGUUGCUCCUUUACUUCUCAUUUAAAGAGUAUGCAAAGAAGGAAUGUCCAGGUGAAUCUUGAAAGGACUUUUUGGAUCUUUGACUCUACAGCUAAUGGGGGUUUCUCAUAGGCGCAGAAGCUCCAUACAACAUCCUAGCCGACGUUCUUAUUUCUUUGCAGGAACUUUGCUGCUACUUUCUUUUGUUGCAGCGAAGAGUUGCCCGAAGAUCUGCCACUGCUCAGACAGGACUGGCAUGGUGGUACAAUGCACCUCGCGCAAUCUGGAGAACAUCCCGGCCAACCUGCCGAGGGACACUGUUGUUCUCUUGCUGUCGUCAAACCGGAUCAGGCACAUCCCGAAGGAGGCCUUCGCAGACCUGCAGCGCCUCAGGGAGCUGGAUUUAUCGCACAACUUGCUCGAAAGCGUGGACGACGACUCCUUCCUGGGAGUUUUGGACAGUCUGCGGACCUUGGAUCUUUCGAACAACCAGCUCAGCGGUCUCCCAAGGGGAACCUUCGCCAAGCUGCACGCCCGGAUCCGCCUCUCCAACAACCCCUGGCACUGCGAGUGCUCCCUCCAGGAGGUUUUAAGGGAACUGAGGCUGGAUCCGGAGACGGUCAACGAGGUCAGCUGCCACACAUCCGUGCAGGAGGAGUACGUGGGACAGCCAGUGAUCCAGGUUUUGGACUCAGGCAUCAACUUUUGCAAUUUCCACCACAAAACAACGGAUGUGGCCAUGUUCGUAGCAAUGUUCUGCUGGUUCUUCAUGGUAACAGCUUACAUUGUCUAUUAUAUCAAACACAACCAGGAGGAUGCCAGGAGGCACAUCGAGUACCUAAAGUCCUUGCCCAGUACGUCCCACAUCAGCAAGGACUACGACACGGCCAGCAGUGUGUUUUAGAGUUGGAGAGACGGAGUAAAUCAUAGGGAGCGCACAUAAAAAUGCAUUUCUGUAGAAUUAUGUACUUGGGAUGCACCAAUCCACUACACUAAUAGCUUCACAAGGUUGGUCAAACAUGUAAAAACAAAAUUACUUUAAUUUGUCCUGUGAGUGCAAUUAGCAGCAAACAGCCGAUGAAUAAAGAAACGAAAACUGACAAAAAGGUUGGCUACCUUGAUCUAAUGUGUAAAAAUGAGCUGCUGUCUUUCAAACGGUUCAGAGAGUGCAAUUAGGAAUUCUAACUAUAAUAUAAAAUAAAUAAUAAAGCCUGUAGUCGCAAAGACAAGAAUUAGACUGAAUUGAUCUGCCUUUAUUGAUCGGGUACAUUGUCACUGAUACCCAAUCUAGAAUUUCUUUUAAUAUCAGAACCGAUACAAAUAUUAAUUUGGGAUCGGUGCAUCUCUAUUAUGUACAGGGCUGUGAAAAAGCUCAUUUUUACCUUUCUUGUUUAUUUGUUGCGCAUUUCAAGUUUGAAUAUUAGAAAGAGACAAUAUGAAUAAAAACAAAAAGUAGUGUUCAUGAAGUAGGCUAAAAGUCCACAUAAAGCAACAAAUGACCCCAAGAUAGAGAAAUAUGAAAACAAAUUAGAAACAAAGUCAUUCACAUCUAUCAGCCUAGAAAGGGUCAGUGAGCUGCAGUGAAAGUUAUUGUCCAUAAGAUCUCCAAUGUAGCUGAAUUAAAAAACAAAUGGGUCAAAAUAGUUACCAACAAAAUGUAGCAAAAACAAGUAUUGAAGUAGAGCGCAGCUGGUCUUUUAAAAUAGUUGGUUUGGAGAGCUUCUUUUUAUUAAAUGAAGACAUUAUUUCAAAACUGCUUUUUGAAGCUGCUCGGGUAUCGUUGAUAUUAAAAUAUCCUAUAGAAGAAAUCUGGGAAGGAAUAAAAAAGACAUAAGUGCAGUUACCAUCCUGAACUUUAAAUACAAAGGCAGGAAAAAUACAGAAUUAGCUGUUUGGCAAACAUGGGAAUGAACUCACUGUAUUCUGUGUUCACCCACGCAUAAAUACUAAGAGUAUAUUAAGUAUAAGAGUUUGCAAACUGAAUGACAUGUCAAUUGAAGUUGAAGUUGAAGUUACACUUUAUAGUCGAAUGCCUAAUGUUUCGCUUUAGACGGGAGAAACUUUAGUCACUUUUGGAAAUAAAAAAGAUAAAAUACUCUUACUAAAACUUGGUCGUUGUUUCUUUGGUUGGAGAUAAUAAUCUGGUUCACAAGUUUAAAUUUGUGGUCUUUUGCUAAUUCACACAGGGUCAAAAUUAUGGAUACAAUUGUACAAAUAUGUCCAUGUACCUCCUGUUAAUAUCUGUUACCAACUGGCACCAUAAGCUUAUGCCUUUUGAGCCCAUCAACAAGCUUUACUAAUAAUUCUGAAAGAAUAUUUACUCGCUCUUCUCUAUGGAGUUGAUAUAAUAGUUGGGUUCCAUGCAAAGACUUGGCUUGACAAUAAGUUGUUUCUCCACCAUUAGCACAUUUAGCAGCACAUACACAAGGUUGAUUGACAGUGCUAAGACCCUCCCCCUGGCUCUGAUUGGUUGUUUUUGGUCGGGAGCGGUGGUAGUAGUAGUACUGGAAGAAG